CUUGAAGGGAUCUAACUAUGCUGGUCUGCUGGAGCGGCAUCGCAUUCAUACAAAAAACGUGGAGCAUGUUGUAGACAGUUUACGGAACGAGAGGAUAGAAGUUCGUCUUGUUAAACGUCGAGAAUAUAAUGAAGAGACAGUUCGGUGGGCAGAUGCUGUAAUAUCAGCAGGAGGUGAUGGUACGAUGUUGUUGGCAGCCAGUAAGGUCUUUGAUAAAUUUAAACCAGUUAUUGGAGUAAAUACUGACCCUGAAAGAUCAGAGGGUCACUUAUGCUUACCUGUGAGAUACACGCACUCGUUUCCUGAAGCACUACAGAAGCUUUAUCGUGGUGAGUUCAGGUGGCAGUGGCGGCAAAGAAUCCGACUGUAUCUUGAAGGAACUGGUAUUAAUCCAACCCCUGUAGAUUUACAUGAACAGCAGCUAAGCCAAGAGCAACACAGCAGGGCUCACAUAAAUGAAAGAUUCCAGGAUCAAAGAUCUGACAUUUCUGGUCCACGUCUUUUACCAGUGAGAGCACUCAAUGAAGUCUUCAUUGGGGAAUCUCUUUCAUCCAGGGAGAACUUUAAGUCCUGCAAACCCAGUUUUAAAUUCUCGCUUCAUAGGGCCUCCUAUUAUGAGAUAUCAGUUGAUGAUGGUCCUUGGGAAAAACAGAAGAGUUCAGGGCUUAAUGUGUGUACUGGAACAGGAUCAAAAGCAUGGUCCUAUAAUAUUAACAAGGUAGCACAUCAAGCUGUUGAAGAGAUCCUUAAGAUCGCUAAAAAGCAUGGAAGUUUGAAUAUGCCAUUGAACACGGAACUAGUACAAAAAGUAACAAAUGAUUACAAUGAGUCCCUGCUCUACAGUCCAGAAGAACCAAAGAUGUUUUUCAGUAUUCGAGAACCUAUUGUAAACAGAGUUUUCUCAAGUAGCCGGCAGCGUGGCUUCUCUUCAAAAGUCUGUGUCCGUUCCCGUUGUUGGGAUGCAUGUAUGGUUGUAGAUGGAGGAACAUCUUUUGAGUUCAAUGACGGGGCAAUAGCUUCAAUAAUGAUUGAUACAGAGGAUGCACUGUGCACUGUUCUGCUGGAAGAAUGAAGGACCCUAGUGUCUUCUGCUGAAACAAUUCUAGAUCCAGAGAGGGAACUCCUGGAGAUAGACAGCACAUCACAAUGCUGCAUUAAGUUGGAAGUUGGCCUUUUUGGAUGCAAGAGCAUUUGGAGGAAGCUUGAGAUGCUUUUCAUUCCUUUGGGUUGGGGAAAUCUUAGCCUGAUAUUUAAGCUCUUUUUGCAUCUGGUGUAAAAGAAAUAUAUCUGAAGUCUUACCUCUAACUUCAGUGAAAAUUGACAUUUUAACCUGUAAGGCAAACAUGAAAUAACAUCUUUUUAAACACAGGUAGAUGGGUUCAAGUAUUAAGUCAGUAGCAUUAAAUAUUCAGAUGUACAGUUUUGUAGUAACAGUCUGGAACUGAUGAAACUAAACACCUUCAUUACAUAUACUUUUGUAGAAAAGUUGACUGUCGGUCUAGCGAUUUGAUGCAAAGAUACAUAGAUUUUGGUAAAUCCUGAUGUUGACGUAAUAGAAAUGGAAAUACAAACCUUUUGUAUGCUUUUCAAAAAUUUUACAACUUUGUAGUUUCAUACAACUUGUGACAAUUUUUUUUUUCUCUUCCAGUAUUUUUUCUACUUUGUAAAUUUACAUCAAAAGUAAAAGUCUGGUUUAAUCACAUCUUGAAUGAGGUGGCUCUUACCUUUUCGCUUUGGCUAGAGAGGGACUUGAAACCCAAAGGUUUUCUUGAGCCCUUUAAGAGGAAUAUAGAAACUAUAGGAAACAUGUUGAAGUAAGAUAUACUCCUUCACUCAAUUGAUUAGCUGGCUAGCAGGUGUUCAGUCACAGUAGUGUAUGUAGGUGGCUAUCAUUAAGAAAGAUAUUUGGCCUUAUUAAGUUGAAUGGUUUGGAAUUUUAGGUUCUGAGUUUCUUUAUAAUUGAAGAAGAAUGAGAUGUGCUGGGUGCUAGUAGUUGGAGCACAAGUCAAUACCUAUAUGUAUGUCUCCCAGUUUUCCAAGUAUGUGUUUCUACCUUCCCCAGAAAGUUUAAAUUUCCAAUCCGAUGCUGAAUUCUACUGAUAUUUAAUUGGCAACAAAUUAAUUUUAAUUUUACAUGCCUCUGAUGAUGUGUUAGGUAAGCAAGUUGAUGAUAGGAAAAAAGCUCUGAUCACAGAAGAGAAAGUGACUUUUUAGAUGUUUUAGAGAAACUGUGAAUUAUGACUGCCUUUGAAAGUCUGUGCUGGUAAUUGCAUAGAUGAGAGGGCAGAAUUUGACAAAAUGAAGAUUCCUACAGCAGGAACUCUUCUGCUACAUGACUUGAAAGAAAUGUGUUUUGUCCUGUCUACUACAGAUCUAUUUCCAAAAGUGAGUCGUCUUCAGACUUUUGAAUGAAGAGACUUCUGUAACAGAUGUUCUCAGGUCUAAUGGAAAUGUUCUCCAGUGUGGCCAAUCAGUGUAUUUAUUGGCAAUCACAAAAUGUAAACUGAUCUUUAUAAGUGGAGGACGUGGAUAAAGGAUUUUUUCCUUCUACUACUAACAUGAUUGUGUUCACUCUAAACCAGAAUUUAGAGGAAAUUGAUUUGACCAGACCAUUCAAUUCUAGGAAAAUGUGGUAACUGAUGAAGCUUUUUGAAUAAGCUAUCACUGUUUACAUACAUUUCACCUUUUAAAGUGUGCUGCAGAUUGAGUCUUUACACUAUCAUCUGCCUGAGUUACCAGGAUUGCAGACCAGAAGGGGAAAAUCGUAUAGGCAAAUACUCUUUCAAAACUUGGUGAGUUCAGGAACUAUCAGAAUAAAGCUCUUAAUGUAUAAAAUAAUCUGCAAAACUGGUCUAAAGGUAAAGAUGCGAAAGACUAAUCUUUCUUUAGAAAGUUGGCUGCACAGAGACUAGGGCGUUUCAGUUAUUCUUAAUCUAUCUGUAAUCAGUUAAGGAUGGUUUAUGUGCCUCUGUCUAGUACACUAGUCAAUAUGCUGUUAAGAUUAAAAAAAAAAACCCACAACCCACCAAUGCCAUUAACACUAAUUUAUGGCUUCCUAGGACUUCACCACUGUGUUAGAUCAGAGGUUUAGGUAUUGAAAGUGUCCUUGAAUACCUGCAUAGACAAAUUUACGGCAGAAACCCCGUCUCCUACUUAUUUAGAGACAUUUGCUUGCUGUAAUGUUUUAAUGGAGACUGAUUAGUCUGGUCAGGGUGCAUACCUCUUAAAGAUGCCUGUCAUUCCUUAUUGUGAAUACUGAGACUAAAAGGCAAUGUUUUCAGGCCCUAGAGACCCAAAGUAUGGUCUGGUUUAGGACUUAAUAAGAGAUUUCACAGUCAAAUUCCUAACUUAAUUAGCAAAAUGGAAACCUGACCUACUCAUGAGUGGCCUCUACUGGUUUUGUCUAUAUUUAAUUGCAUUUCUGUUGAAGCAUUUACUGGUGAAUGCUUGACUUAAUCAUCCUACUUAAUUUAAGAGAUCUAUAAUAGAUAAAAAGGAUUCUACAAUUCUUUAAUAAAAAAGGUAGCUGCUUACUGUUUAAGGAUCCUUUAUUACAAGGGAUUGCAGUACAGACAACUUACCUGGUAGACAGUGUUCCGUGACAGGACUGAGUAUUGGUUUAACCCCAAUUUAAUCUGCCUGGACUGGCAGCAAACUCUGCACCUCUUCUACCUGCUGAAUCAAAUCCAUGGUCUUUUCACUUAGUGCCAGCCCACACUGUGUUCUGCUAAACUAGAACGGUCAUUCUUCGCUUUUUUAAAAAAGGUGGUGUUUAUACAUUAUGUAAUAAAAAUUUAAAAACUUGAGAUACACGAAGCUGUCCUGUGCCUUAUUUCAACUUUCAGAAGUGUUUCAUGUGCUCAGCCGCUUCUCACUUACUGUGCAGUUUCUUUUAAAUAAUGGUUUCUAAGCCCUCAUGCUUUAGGUAAAAUGCAGAGACUUAUCUAUGUAGCAGUUUUUGGUAUGGAUUGCUUGGAGCUCCCAAGUAACUUUUUUCAGUU